AUGGCCACCCUCCACCUCGAUACCGCCACAGACACACCUCAUUCCCCCACCUCCCACGCCCGCUCCUCCCCCAGCGACUCCGACAAUGAAGACAACCUCCCCUACCCCGGCGAACUCUCCCGCAACGACUUCCUAGCCGACGACUUCGACUCCCAGACAUACCUCUCCACCCUGCGCAAUCGACAUCAGACGCUCGAAGACCUCCGCUCCGACCUCCGCCAGCGAAGUCAACUGCUCAAUCAAGAGCUUCUCGAUCUGGUGAACAACAAUUAUGAAGAGUUUCUGAGCCUUGGCGCAGAUCUGAAAGGCGGAGAAGAGAAGGUGGAGGGCGUGAGAGUUGGCUUGCUUGGGUUUGAGAGGGAGAUUGAGGGGAUCAGGAAGGUUGUUGCGGAGAGGGCGGAGCAGGUUGGACAGCUGUUGGGAGAGAGAAAGGAGGUUCGAAGGGAUAUCAUGGUCGGUAGAGGACUGUUGGAGGUUGAGAGACGACUGGAAGAGCUGGAGGGUAGUCUUGGUAUCAAGAACGCUGCUCAAGAUGCUGAGUCCCUCGCUUCUGACAGUGACGACGAAGAGGAGGAUGCUGAAGUCGAGGCUUUUCCCAUCAGAAAGUCAAAGGCACAGACGGAGCAAUUUGUCCUGCUCAAUAAGCUGGUUACUCGACUUGGUCCUGAACACCCUUUUCUCCAGGCACAGCAAUCCCGAAUCGAACAUGUCCAUCGCACUCUUCUCUCCAGCUUGGCCACGUUGCUGAGACAGGCCAAAGCCGCCAAAGACCAGGAUGCCACUCUUGCUGUUGUCAGGCUGCAUGUCCUUCUCGACGCCGAACAGGAUGGUGCGAAGACCUUGCAAUCUGGAUGA